UAACCAACUGCACUUUUAAUUUCCUUCCGUCCAAGUAAACAUCAACCUUCAUCAUCAUCACGAUCCUUCCGACACACUUCGAUCGACUCAUGUGUACCACACUGCCGAGAACAUUUCCUACCUUCCUUACGACCACCAGACAUAAUACUUAACCUUCCGAGAACUAUUCAAAGGAGAUUUGGAUUUGGCGGGCGGCGAUUCUAUGAACAACGGAUUCUAACAAAGAUUUAUUGAUUUAGCGCCCUAUUGUUUUAUCACAUUCCUUUUAUCCUGCUCGUCAUACUCGCCAAUCCAAAGAGCGGAGAGAAGGAAAAACGUGUCGGCCGCUCCAACUAAAAGGUACCCGACGAGAAACAAUAGUCAAAGGAACGCCUGGUCUUCAUCUAUAUGAAUUGGACCGCGUGAUCAUUAACUUUUGAUUCCCGAAGCCGAAUUGGUCGAUGAAAACCAAGAUACCACCAAAUACGAUACGAUAAGGACAUCUACUACGGCUCACUCCCUAGAGGAGAUAGAAACCAAGCUUAUUACUUGAUUCUCAUUCUCUCUAGUCGUUGAUCGGGUUGAGAGAAUUGGACUCUUGGCUCCAUUACAUUAACAUACCUAAUUUUCGUUUACGUUCUCGCGAUACCACUUGAACAUCAUCGCCAUGUCUCUCCGCCAGUUCACCGUCGCGGCCGUUUUGGCCCUUGCCACUCUAUCCACAGCCACCAAAGAGAAGGCACCGCAAACCCCGAUAGUUGGUACCGAUACCGUUCAUGGUUGUUACAAGUCGGUUGGAACGAUGACGCAUCAGAACACGGAUAACUUCAACUCCCAGGGUGCAUGCGCGGGAUUGUGUCGCUCCAAGAACUUUGUCGCCGGUGCUUCCAACUCGGCCGAUUGCUGGUGUGGUGAUGAGUAUCCCAACAAGGCCGAUCUCGUAGAUGAUGACCAAUGCACUGAGCCUUGCCCUGGUUAUGGUGACGAUGCUUGUGGUGGCCUUGACACCUACACCGUUUACAACACCGGAAAGCGAGUAUCCGUGGGCGAAGCAGCGGAGGCUGGUUCUUCUAGUUCAUCUAGCACCUCAUCUAAGACUAGUUCGGCCUCUGCGCCAGCUAGCACGUCUGAUACCAUCGAGACGAUUACGGCCUCAUCUGAGCCUGAGAGCAACAAGUCGAGUCCUAACGUAGCGGGCAUUGCAGGUGGCGUGGUUGUUGGUGUUGUUGCCGUAGGAGCCCUAAUGGGAGGAGGCUUUUUCUGGAUGCGCCGAAAGAGAAACGCCGAGAUCGAAGAAGAGCACCGACGAAAUGCCGCUGUCAACGCGUUCAUCAGUGGUGGAAAGCCUCCUUCUAGCAGCGGUGGGGUUUCAAUGUCUGACUCUCGUCUCGACCCUGUUAUGAACCGACGAAUGAGCGACGGCAGCAUCGCCGACAACCAAGAUUACUCGCGGAGAAUUCUGAGGGUUACCAAUGCUUGAAAACCCUCGCAUCGCAAAUAUCACGAUGAACGACUUCCGCUUUGUAACACUUUUUAUUCACAUCGGCAUUGACGGCGUUUCAUGGUGGCCAUUCGUCAUUGGAUGAUCGAUCGGACACGACGAUCCCAGGCGUUAUUAUGUAUUGAGGUGUAUGGAACAACAAUUGGGUCACAGUAUAGGGCGUGACCGUCAGCUUAGAUCUUACCGAUGAAACCCUCCUACGCCGUCCUCUCCUUUUAUUUUGCACAUGGUCGACUUGGCCGCGUCGGCUAUGUGCAGUUCGACAUCAACUUCGGAAAUUCUCGCGAGAUCUACUAGGGCCCGAGCCCAAUUGAAUGAAAUGGGGG